AUGCAAGCACAACCACAAGACGAGCACGGCGCAGCCCCCCGCCUCCGCUGGGCCCAUGACUUGCGCGCCAACCUCCGCCAGCACGCCGAAUCGAGCCUCACCGGCUACGGGAUCGCGGUACUGGCAUAUCUCGCGACGCUGCUCGCCGCGCAGACGCAGCCGCCCGACGCCGCCAUGGCGUCCGCCCUCCGCGCGGUGCUGAGCGGGUACCUGAGGCCGACGGCGCACGUCUGCCGAGACGCGCUCGUCCUCAACAUCGCCGUCUGCGUCGCCUUUGAGGUUCUGCUGUGGGUCCUGGCUGGGCCCUAUGAGCCCGAAUUACUUCCCGCACUGCCGAUGCUGGCUGAUAACCGAGACAGGGCUGGUGACUACGGUCGAUGGAUGCAGCAAUUUCUGUUAGGGAUGGCUGAGGAAUAG